AUGGAAUUACCUUCGAUUAAUAGUACUACAAGUAUCUCUGAUAAUCAGGAUUUACGUAACCACUAUGAAAAAUUGUUAUUUAAAAACCAGAGUGAGAUUUCUUUAUCAGAAUAUUCAGACAAUAUUAUGAAUAAUAAUCACACACAUUCAACUGGCGUUGUUAAUAGACAAUUAGAUAAUUUCAGUUUCAUUACUGGUUUCAAGAAUUUAAAUAUAAGUCAAACGGUUAUACCUACUACUGCAACGACUACUGCUACCCCUUAUUCUACUUUCGACAAUAAUUUGUUUCAAUUACCUCAAAAUAGUGUAAAGUUUAAUGGCAACUACCCUAGCAAUGACGUUUUAAGCAGUCGUUAUCCCUUUCACAGACACUUAUCUUUACCGGAAAAUCAACAACAUUUAGAUCAUACUCAUAAUCAAAAACAAAACACUGUAUGGGUCCAUGACGAAAGUAGAAGAUAUCCUUCUUCUAAUGCCUUUGUAACAACAACAGCAACGAAUAUACCUAAUAAUAUACCUUUGAAUGUAAAUGGUUAUACAAAUCAGAACUUCACUCAGUUAGCAUAUCCACCGAAUCGUUUUGGUCAAUUACCUCCUUCAAAUAUAGGUCCAAGUCCUAACCAUAAUAUCAGAAAACACCAUUCUAUAUCAAAUGGUGAUGUAUCAAACAACAGAUAUAAUUUUGAUAAUUCAAUAAACAAUCAAACCUCAAAUUAUCUUGUCGAACACACCAUACGCAAUACCCAUAAACCCAAUGAAGUAUCUAUAGAUGAUGGUCUUUUACUGAUUGACGAGAAGAAUAUUACCUCUUCAAAUGAGUUGCAUCGAUUUUAUGAGACAUGUGGUAAUAAUUAUUUCUCAAGUAAUGUUGUCUUUCCAUUUGUCGACUAUAUUAAGGAUUUGUUAGCUUCACAAAAUGAUAGUACAUUUUCAAAUGUUCAAAUUGAUCAAGAAAGAAAGAUAAAAGUUUUGGAUUUUUUAAAAUUUCUUCAUAAUUGUAAUCUGGAUUUUAUAUCACAAAUAAGUAAGAGUUCUAAUACCGAUAAUGAUGGUCUAGCAAAUCAGAACAUACAGAAUAUGAUAUCUUUCAAGCCAAAAGGUUUGGUUUUAGUAGCUUUGAAAAAUGGGAAAUUGGAAUUGUUAUCAACUACCCAAAACACAAACCUUCAAUUGAAAAGAGGUGAUCUAGUGCUCAUUGAUGGUGAUAGAGGUAAAGAUUUAGUGCAAAUUGUGGAAUCCGAUAUCAGUUUGAAUUUGGCUUUAUUUGCUAAUUUUUUAAAGAAAAAAGUACAUUUUGAUUCGUUGAUUACUACUAAAAGCCAACAUUACCCAAACGAUAAAUUUAUCCAAGCAUUAAUCAAUUCUAAAAAUGGUAUUGGUGAAAAAUUAAACAAUAAAUUGUAUGAUACCACAGAACUGACUCAAUUUAUUAUACCGUCAAAACAAGUUUUAAGAUUUGCUACUCCUUGGGAAGUUAUGACCAAUCUUCAAUAUAAGUUUCAAGAUGAAUUAAAAGCUUUGCACGUUGCCCAGUUGAAAUUACAAAAUUUGAAUAAUUUAAGGAGCAAUGACGGAAACUCCACAAAUGUCAGUGGUAUCAAUACUAAUAACAUGAAAAAGCCUCUAAAUAUAAAGAUCUUAAAUUCUGAAUUUCAAUUUGAUAGGAAAAAACUCACAUUUUAUUAUAUAUGUGAAGAAAGAAAUGAUUUUAGAGAAUUAAUUAAGGAAUUGUUUAAAUACUAUAAGACGAGAAUCUGGUUAUGCGCAGUCCCCAAUAAUUUAAAUAUAGAUUCCAAAUACUAUGAUAAUAGUAGAAAAGAAUUAUCAAUUUAUGAGCAGAUGACUAGAAGUCCACAAUUCUUAGAUUUAAACAAAAAUAAUCAAUUUACUUUAUACACUCCAACUACGUCUUUUGACGAACCUUUACAUAUACCUCCAUUGAAUAAAGUUGAAUUGGAUAAUUUCCAAAUUGGAAUUUAUAAAGAAUUAUUAGAUGAAUUAUUUUAG